AUGCUCCCAAGCUCAUGGGACAACGAUGCCUCUGCAUCGUAUGCCUGGACGACCACUAUCGCCCUCGAGACGUUAGCCUGCCUGCCUGCCCCCUACUGGUUUGACCACAAUAAGCCAGAAAGCCGAUUUACGCCGUGCUCAGUGCCAGAUGCGGCUCCACCACUGCCCGCUCGUGCGGCACAAGCGUUGUCAAUCGUCGGGAAGACAUUGGUUAUCGUGUCCAUGCAGCACAAACUGGCCAAAGGCACUUCAUGGCGUUGUUCGACAAGUAAAAAUAUACAUAACCAUUAUGCGAGAACAGGACACACGGCAGUGGCCGCUUCAUCACCAACCAAAAGCCAAAAGCGCAUCAAGCAGUCGCCGCACACCCUUUCCCACCGUACCAAACGAUAA